CAAUCCCCCCGAGACGAAACCCAGACCAAGUCGCUACACCCAUUGCUGACGGUCACGGCUGUUUGCGACGGACGGAAGGCCACUCGAAGGUCCCCCUUGCCGUAGCUACGUCGUUUACAUUCGGCAUCCCAUUUUCCCACACCCUUCCCCCCUAGUUCCUCUUUCUCCAUGGACAACCCAGCUGCAAAAUUAGUUUCCUCAUAACCCAGCUUGCACCGAGACUUUUAUUGUGUGUUUUUUGCUUCAUUUUCGAGUCGUUCCUUGCCCCUAGAAAGUGACUUUGUGUGCCUCCAUAUUCGGCUUGGAGAUAAUGUUUUUGGGGCUUCAAUUCCCUUUCGAUCGAGUGUAAUUUUCAGAUAACGAGAUUCCCAUUCAGAUUGUAAGACGAACGUGUUGUGCUUUUGAUUUAAAAACACUUGACUCAGACAACAAGCUUGUAGAGGAGCCAUUUCACUCUUGUGUGAGCUGAAAUUCCUUUUGUAGGGGAUUGAAGGUUACGUUCAAUACCGGGAGGCUGUGUGAGGAGCACUAUGCCUUAUCAAGGUACCCAGUUCAAGAGGCGGAGGCAGACUUCGCGGUCUUCGAGGUGGAAGGCGUUAUAUCCCAUACUCAGGUCGUCACAUCCGACCCCGUGGUGCGAAAUUAUCCUCAUAUCAUAGCACGGAGGAGCGUAAUCAAUCCUCCUCGGAUGAUUCGACACAGCCCCCAAGUCCCCCACCAUGCAUUGUGCCCAGUCACGCGCCAGAACGUAUUCAAGAACCCCCACCAAAUACAGUGGAACAAUCACCUACACGAGAACAAACAGCUGCAGAUGCCCCAAUGGAGACCGAAGGAAUGCAAGAACAGAGGAGACGAACUCGUGGGCCAUCUAGAUGCAUUUUCUUUGACAAGCUAAGGAAGAACGGGAAAGUGCAGUUGAAGAUAAAUGAUGGUGAGACAGCCCCAUGUUGUGAACACGCCUCUAUGUUCACAACACGAGUAUCGUGGAUUGUGAAACAAUACUGUGACAUGAGUUACAAGCGUUGGUCGGAUGUGCCACCAGCGAUUAAAGAGGAGCUCAUCGACCGUGUUCGGAGUGACUUUGUGUUGGACUGGGAUCGCGCAAACCACCGAUUGACGGUGACAAAGGCCUUACGUAAGCGCUUCAACUCCUUCCACCACGACUUGCACAAGAUUUAUGAAUCCUAUGGAAGCCACGUAGAAGCGUUGGCUAAUGGAACUAGUCUAGUGGACCCCAUUGUAUGGGUGAAGUUGUGUGAAAGGUGGGGUAGCGAUGCCUUCAAGAAAAUGUCAGCUCAAAAUCGGGAGAACCGAAAGAAGCAGGUCAUUAACCACACAUCAGGACGUAAAUCAUUCGUCCGUUUACUUGAGCAAAAGCGCAAUGAGAAUGGGAAUUUGGUCGACUUCUACAAAGAAACGCGUUGGUCGAAGAAAAAGAAUGCAUUUGUCACAGAUGCUACAGAAAGUACUUAUAAGGAGAUGCAAGGUAGGUUGGAUGGCCUAGGACAAGAGCAGUGUAGUGAUGAGGCAGCAGCGACUGUCUUUAGGGAGGUUCUUGGCCAUCGACCUGGAUACGCACGGGGACUUGGGGAAAUGGUCAUCCCCGAGUCAAGUAGACAACGUGACAAACUUCAAAUGCAACAAUACAUGUCUGAGGCUGAAAAGCACAAGAAAGAUUCUGAACAAUAUAGGAAGGAUGCUGAACAAUAUAAGAAGGAUGCUGAAGCUUACAAGAGUCAGCUGGAUGAAAUGAGGACAGAGUUGCGGGAGCUGAGGGAGCAUCAGAUACAAAAUCACAAUGUGAUGCAGUCUUUCCUUAGGGCUUUCCCAUCGUUCACUGAGUCAGUUCGACAGACUCAGUGUAACGAUUCCCCCGGCCCAUAAGGGGCUUCUCAUAAGAGGGUAGUUAUUUUGGGUGGUUUUUUGUGACACUGGGGAGAUAUCAAGUUAGGGUGUCGACGUGUUGUGAUUUUGGGUGGUUUUUGGACUUAGUCUAUACGACACUGGGCUAUAUAUAUAUAUA